GUGGUCAGUUUUUACAUAGUUUGUUUCAUUAUAUUAUUCGAGUUUCAGAAAGAAAUUGUUUGUUCAAAAACGUAAAUGGGAUUAGAAACUUUGUCAAAAUGACGUCAAAAAGUGGAAAUGAAUCAGAUUCACCGACGACCUCAGAUAUUGGACUUACUUCCACUCACGUGCCAAAGCCGAGGGAGAAGAUUCCUGGGUAUAUAUUUGGAGAUGUCAUAGGAACUGGAGCUUACGCUAAAGUGAGACGAUGCUACUCCGAAAAAUUUAAAAGCCAUGUCGCUGUCAAAAUCGUCUCCAAAAAAAGUGCCCCCAAGGAUUACCUCACAAAGUUUCUGCCACGGGAGAUUCAAUGUAUCCAUAAACUGCGACAUAAGAACAUAGUGCGAGUGCUCGAAAUAUUGGAAACAGAAAGAAGUAUGUACAUUGUAAUGCAAGAAGCUGAAAAGGGCGACCUCCUCGAUUUCAUCAACGCCAAUCAAAGGAAAAUCGCCGAAAAUGAUGCCAAAGCUUAUUUUCAACAGAUUUUGGAGGCUGUGGAGCACUGUCACGUUAAAAAUAUUGUCCACAGGGAUCUGAAAUGCGAAAACAUCUUAUUCGACAAAGACAUGGUAAUAAAGUUGUCUGAUUUCGGAUUUGCCCGAACUAUUAACCCUGAGAGUGUCCAAUUAAAAACACACUGUGGCUCCCUUGCCUACGCUGCCCCCGAAAUAGUAAAAGGAAAGGACUAUGAUGGCCGCAUCUCUGACGUUUGGAGUUUGGGAGUUGUUUUAUUCGCGAUGGUGAAUGGAAAACUUCCAUUCAAUGACACAAGUGUGAAAAACUUGCUAGCCGCCAUCAACAAAGGAAUUACGUUUCAAUCAAACGUUUCAGAAGCGUGUCGGGACCUGAUCACGGCGAUGUUGAUGACGGACUGCGCAAGAAGGGCAAAAAUAAAAGAUCUGCUAAAGCACUCCUGGUUCGACCCUGACGCCUCAUCGACAUACAGAAACUGUCCAACUCCGUCCCCUAGAGAGGGUGCUGUUGCACGCGACGAAAAACAUUUUAUCAAGACCCCCAACCCAUCCCCGAUGAACACACCAAGAGGGACCCCUGAGUACCAGCAGCCAAUGGAUGUUACCCCCGGCACUUCCCCUUGCAGUACCCCUGGACCUUAUACAACUGCUGACGAGGGCUCCGGAGAGUUUACAGGUCCAGCAAGCGAAAAAAUGUCAGUUCAAGAAGUCUAAGGUCGGCUUAUGUAAAGACUAAAAAGAUUUUAGAACGGAGAAGACUUCCUCGCAUCACAUCUAUACCAUAUUUACAGAUUUUAGUUUUUGAAAAUCUACAGUGA